AUGAGGCCGGACCGAGGAUAUGGCCUCAUCGCAGCGGCGCUGCUCUCAAUCUACACCUCGGCAACGAGUGCCACCUCAAUAACGGACGAAUUCACAUUCAGUUGCGUUCCCUUAACAAGGCAGAUGUCGGAUCCCAUAGUAUCGCCCGGGGUGCCGUCGGCCCAUACACACAUCGUCGCGGGGGGAACCGCAUUCCAGAGAAACAUGACGAUCGAUACUGCAAAGAAUGCCAACGAAACCACUUGCGGGGUGGAGAUUGAUAAGAGCAAUUACUGGAUCCCACAACUUUACCAUCGCAUGAGGAACGGAUCAUUUGAAUUGAUUGAAUUCGAGGGAAACACCAUCUAUUAUCUCAACCGAGUAUGCAAUCAUUCUGCAAAUGCAACGUCGUGCGACAGCAACCACACCUCAUUGGCACCGCCUGCAGGGCUCCGUAUGACGGCCGGUAACCCAAUGCUCCGGACCUACAAUGAUUCCGACUUGGCACAGCGCGCAGUUUCUCACAUGUGUAUGACUGAGAACGGAGGUUCAAACGAGACCAAACAUCUCCCUCGUCAACCAUGCGCCAAGUUAAGGUCUCAGGUGUUCCUGCCAUCAUGCUGGAACGGGAAGAACCUGGACAGCCCUGACCACAAAAGCCAUAUGGCUUAUCCGGCGAUUGGAGAGUACAACAAGGGCAUCUGUCCAAAAUCUCACCCAGUGGCAAUAUAUUCCAUCUUCCUAGAAUUCUUUUUCAACACGCAGCCGUUCCCCGAUUUCGAAAACUGGGUAUACGCAAUGGGUGACCUGACGGGGUACGGGCUUCACGGAGAUUUUGUCAACGGCUGGACCGACCAAGAUGCCCUACAGAAAGCCGUAUCAACAUGUACGAGUGCGCGGGGCCUCAGUGAUCCGGGUUGUUCGAUCACCAAAACACAGAAACGGGCUUUAACGCCGCUGAAGCACAUUCUGGAUGUGCCGGAACCCAAGGACGAGUUGGGACAACAUGGUCCUCUUCCCAAAUUGCCUGGCAACAAUCCGGUGACUGGCGCUCCCAACAGUACAUUGAUCUGA